CUCUCGAACCUUCUUGGACCGAACAACGAAGAUGAGCGGCAUCACUGAGUCGGAGAAAGUACUCCUGUUCAGCGUGCUUGAGUUCCUCGCGCCACUGGCAACCAAAGAUGGUGUUGACGCGAUCAAGGUGCGCGCUGCUGUGCAGAGUCUUCAGGAAGCGUUCCAUGUAAACCCAUCGGAUGCCGCAUUGAAGCAGCGCCUGGGACUGAAAAAUUAUUCGCUUUCUGACGUCUUCCUUGCGGGGGCUAAAUCCUUGCAACUUGUGACUUCGACGACACCCGCUGCUGCGGAAGACCCCGUGAUUACCGCUAACCCUGGGUUGUGGCAAAAAUGGCUCGCAAAGUUGGACGCCAAGGGAUUUUUCAACGGCGUUACGUCGGGCACCCCAGAGUACGAUGAGCUGUACAAGAAGGCGUUGAGCAAGUUCAAGGAGAAAUUUGGCAGCGAAAAAGCCGCGCCGCCGUCCUUGUCCAAGGAAGAAAAGGAAGCGAAGGCCGAAACGCUUAAGGCCAGCGGAAACGCCGCCUUGAGCGCCAAGGAUUACGUCAAGGCCGAGCAAUUGUACUUGGAAGCCAUCGAACUGUCACCGGCGGGGCCCAAUUCCCACAUUUAUUUGUCCAACUUGGCUGCUGCGCAAAUGUACCUUGAGAAGUACGACGAUGUGAUCGACAUCUGUGAAAAAUCCAUCGCACUCAACCCCAAGUACGUGAAGGCGUAUUCUCGCCUUGGGGCUGCCUAUGUGCAAUUGGAAGACUACGAUCUUGCUAUCGACGCCUUUAACCGCGGCUUGGAAGCAGACCCCUCCAACGAAAUGUGCAAGACUGGACUGAACGAUGCUCGCAACCGCCAGGAUCGACUUCAGGCACGAAGUGCACCUGCAGCCCCGUCUGGCGGUGGUGGUAUGCCGGACUUGAGUGCGUUGGCAGGCAUGAUGGGAGGUGCCGGGGGUGCUGGCGGACUCGCUGGACUCAUGAGCAACCCUGCGAUGCAGCAAAUGGCGGCUCAGAUGAUGCAAAACCCUCAAAUGAUGGCUAUGUGCGAUGGCGAUACAUCGACGAAAUGCGCUUAAAAGACGGUGUAGGGCACAAAACAUGAUGAAGGACCCGGCAGCCAUGAGUCGCAUGAUGGGUGCCAUGGGUGGCGGCGGUGGCUCCGGCGGAGCGCCCGAUUUGAGCAGUUUGUUGACACCUGAAGCGUUGGAAUCCUUCCGCAACAGCCCCCAGGUGAAUGCUCUUCGAAGCGACCCUGUCAUGACCGACUUUUUCCGCGACAUGGACGCCGGCGGGCCUCAAGCGGCGAUGCGCCACAUGUCGAAUCCUGCCGUGGCGGCCAAGUUGCAAGGAUUGUUGGGUAACAUGAUGUAAUUACUCAACCUUACGCUUCGAUGAACUUUUGGGUGUUCUCCAAGAACGUCACGUACUCCUUUUGCUCCUUGAGGUCUGCGAAUUGCGUGAUGAAGUUAGCCAGAUCGUCGUUGAUGUGUCGUUCGUCAAGGUAGUUGGCAAACGCUUCUUGGACGUCCUCUUCCAAGUCGGCGAAGCGCGGGCCUUCGUAGUCCGAGUCCUUGAGGUCGUCCGCGGUUUCCGUGUGCAUCACACCUUCCACAGUCAGGACAGAGCUAGCCACACAGUCAAAGAUCAACGCGCUAUUGUCCUUGACGAUGCGCGCCGUGAACCGAAUGCACGGCAGGACAUCGUCGUCGUACUCGCCUUCUUCCGAGUCUUCGUCGUCGCCUUCGUCGUACUCGCCACCGUCUUCGGCAACGUUGGCCACGUCUUGGCAGUUGAACUUGAUGUCAAUUUGCUCGUUCUUGUGCUUUCUCAGCAGCACAAUGUCCAAGUUGCCAGGCGUGUCUUGGAUCUUAAAGUUGGCAAGCACCUUCUCACGGAGCGAUUCCAACUCUUCGCCGACAAAGCAGUUGGCCUUCUCUUCCGCAAGUUCACGUCCCAAGAGCGACGGGAGAGCGGAUGAGAAGCGGCGCGCUUGGUGCACCACCGGGGACGAUUUUAGAGAGAGCAGAGACAAUCGCGCCAGCAUGACGACGGACUCGAGCAAUGAAAGAUGUGGUGGUGGUGUGGA